UUCUCGCCGCAGGUGGAGAGUGCAACGCGGCUGUAAGUAGCGAGCGGUGACCAGUGUGUGGACGGCCUUCCUGCUGUUCGGAGCCACGGAGCCACGGCACACCCACUGGCGGUGAUGGCGCCCUUCCCCGUGUGACACCUGUCGCGCCUCACCCUGACCCGUGGUGGCGUCCCCCACCGAGGGCCUGCGCGCCCUGCUGGCUGAACUGGACAUGUCGCUCAGUCGCGGAGUGGAGACCACGCUGCCCAGGUCUCAGUCCGAGAUCGUGGUGGAAUUUUCGAGGCCACGCCAGUCCUCGGAGGAUGAGAUGAGCCAGGACUCCCUCAACGAUGGCGGCUUGCUGCGCCAGACUCUGCCGCCCGCCUCCAGGGCGCCCUGCAAGAAUGCGCUCUUCGUGGACUCAGACGCUGAGGAGGAAGCCUCGUCUCGCCCCGCGGCGGCCACCACCGAUCCUAAGGGCGUGACAGAGGACGCCGCUGGCUCGCCGCCUGGCUCUGAGGGUUCCCUUUCAGGGUCAUCCGCCAGUUCCACGGUGAAGAAGCUGAGGAAUCUGUUGGGAGAGUCUUCUUUCAAGCCGCCCUCGCCAGGAAACUUUUCCUUCAAGAGUACCAUAGGCCUCCUGCCCUCCACCGGGAAGCGGAGGGGGCUGCGGCAGCAGGUGGUAGUAACCUUCGCUAUUUGUCUGGCGCCCCUCGCCUGUGGGUUUGGUCUGGCCUACAACCUCACCAAGAACCCCUCGGAGAUCCUGGGACCACAUCUAGGACCAUGGAAGACCUAUGUGUAUUUCCUAGGGUGUCUGAGCGGCGGGUUCUUCUCUGGCUUUGUGGCCAACUACGGCAGGAAGGUGGUGGUGUUGUUGACGAUGGUGCCCAUGGCGCUGUCCUGGCUCUUCAUCAUCUUCGCCACGCAGGUGUGGAUGGUGUUCCUGUUCCACGCCACUACUGGUGUGUGCACGGGUCUGGUGAUGGUGGUGGUGCAGGUGUACGUGGCGGAGGUGUCCGUGCCCAGGGUGAGGGGCGCGCUGUCCACCGCCCCCCUGCUGGCCUUCCAGGUGGGGUCACUGCUGUGUUUCCUGCUGGGUGAGAUCCUGGUGUGGCGCAACCUGGCCAUCGUGGGCGUGUGCGUCUCGCUGCCGGUGUUCUUGACGGUGGUGCUGUGCAUGCCGGAGUCGCCGCGGUUCCUGAUCCACAAACACCCGAGCGAUGCCUACGCGACGCUGCAGUGGCUGCGCGGCGCCAACAGUGACGUGAUGGAGGAGUACCACGACAUAUCUGACGCCGCAGACAUCGAUCGCUGGGCCAUCCACUGCGACGACCUGCUUCGGCCCACCUUCUGGCGACCGCUGCUGCUGUCCUGCGGCCUCAUGUUCCUGUACAGCAUGGCGGGCGUGUCCUCGUGCACGCUGUACGGCACCGAGCUGUUCGCCGAGGUGUCCAACGUGUACGUGAACGUGGCGCACUUCGUGGUGACGGUGGUGCUGCUGGUGGCCAUUACGCUGUCCGCCCUGCUCGUGGACCACAUCGGCAGGAAGCUGCUGCUGCUGCUCUCCCUCACCAUCAUGGCGGCGUCCUCCUUCGUGCUGGGCCUCUUCCUCUUCUUGAAGGACCUGCACCGCGUGGAGAACUAUUUCAUGUACCAGUGGGUGGCCGAGGUGUUUUGCGUGGUACUGUUCACCUUCGCCUAUGGCAGCGGCCUGGCGCCCAUCGCGUGGGUCACGCUGGGGGAGAUCUUCAGUCCACAGUACAAGUGGCUGGGCGUAUCCAUGGCCUCCAUGGUACUGUGGUCCUCCAUGCUGGCCGUGGAGGUGAUGUUCCACCGCCUGCGUGUCGCCGUGGCCACCGGCGGGAUCUUCUGGAUGCACUGCGUGGUGUGCGUGGCCGGCUACAUCUUCGUGCUGGUGUGUUUCCGUGAGCUGAAGGAGCAGCGCAUCGACAGCAUCACUAAGUCCUUCGUCAAGAAACACGACAGUCUGAUCGAGACGUUCAUGGCGCGCGUGUGAGAUCCACUCACCUCACAAAUCCCAUCUGAGAGGGAAUUGCCGCAUUGAACUCCACCGUCACCUGCUGAGGCUGAGAUGCUUGCACUUCAGAACCUAAUGUGUGUGUGUGUGUGUGUGUGUGUGUGUGUGUGUGUGUGUGUGUGUGUGUGUGUGUGUGUGUGUGUGUGUGUGUGUGUGUGUGUGUGUGCGUGUGUGUGUGUGUGUGCUUAUGUGAUCUUUGAAAGGCAGAGGUAAUCAGUAUAUCCCAUGGUGGCUCUUUUAUUAAAGGUCUUUUCGUAAGCCUUACAUUAAUUAGAGUGUAAUAAGAGUGUCGCCGCCUCGCACUUCAUACACAUUUCACCGUCACAUGAGGAGCAAUAUGGACUUAGCCUCGCCUCUACUGGUGCUGACGAGGAGUGUGUGACGAGGCUGAAGGGAAGCGGUUUGUCUCCCCCCCCACUCCCAAUACGUUCCAGGCUGGCAGUGAUGAGUUGAAUAAAGAUACGAUGAAAUACGUGAAUGAACCUUAUCUUGAUUAAUUUAGCUUGUUAAGGAAUGUUUUUAUGUUAAGGUUUGUAUAUAAUGUAAAUAAGUCAUUGAUGUUUAUGUUGUUAUUGUUGAUGAUGUUGUUACUAUUACUAUUAUUAUUUCUGGAUUAAUGACGAUGCUGAUAACAUAUGCUACACCACCACCACCACAACCACCACCACUACUACUACUACUACUACUACUACUACUACUACUACUACUACUACUACUACUACUACUACUACUACUAUUCCUACUACAACUAUUACUACUACUCCAAUUUCAACAGAAACAACAAGAACAGCAGCAGCAACGUAUGAACAAAAUCAACCUCGUUUAUUUUUUACAUUCUAUUUCCUGUCCCUUUAAUAUUUUCCUGGUAGCGGUGACACAUUCAAUGGCCACUAAUUAUAUUUCACAGGAACGUUGAAGUUAUAAUGAUGCUUUCAAAAGUGGCCCUGUUCUUUAGAGUAAAUGCUUUCUCUCUCUCUCUCUCUCUCUCUCUCUCUCUCUCUCUCUCUCUCUCUCUCUCUCUCUCUC